AUGACCGGUAAGAUGCUCUCCUACGAGGAAUUAAUCAUUAUGUUCUUUGGUGCAGCUUCUUCCAGUGAAAUACGCGAUAUUUUGAUGGAUGAGAGCCUUCAAAAGCUCAUAUGUAAUAUUGAUUGUUCUGCAGACCCAGAAAGUGAACUAGACAAAGCUAUGGGAGUGGAUGCAUUCUGCAUAUUCACCGACAAGUUGGCAGCAGAACAACGGGCAAUGGGAAAGGCGUCUAUCAGUGUUCUGCAGGCUGGGCCUGAGGCUAAAAUAUACAUCUCAUAG